AUGGCUAAGAAUAAGCCAAAGACCAAUAAUACUCGUGCCGGCCGGCGGGGCGCCUCGCCAAGUCUCGACUUGGACAAGUCCUUGACCUCUUUACCUCGAGCCCAGUCUCCAACUGUCCAGCGGCCCUCCCUCCUAGUUGACCGCGCAACUGCCGGAAUCCAGAAGAAGAAGAAGGAUGGCAAGAGAAUGUCAAAAGCUCAGCGUUUGAGACAGCAGAAGGGCAUGGAAAGGGCCGAAGCAGUCUUGGACCAGCUGGAAAUUAAAAAAGCCAAGAGUUUCAACCGGGCUAAGACCAUAAAAGAACGAAGUGUAUGCGAUCAUUUGCCUAUGAACUGUGCGUCUAAUCGUGGUAUUGAACAUAUACUAACAAACCUCCUCUUCCUCCAGGCUGAUUGGACAGAGAUGAACAAGAAAACAACAGCAUUCGCCGCUCUUCAACAAAACGAGGACGAAGAAGAAGAAGAAGAUGGCGAUGAGGAUGUCAAUGACGACGCCAUGGCCACCGAACAACUUGAACCCAGUCAUCCCAUGAUGGCAAGCGUUUUCGCCCCUAACCCCACGAAAGUGGUGUCCAACUCCAGCGCAGCCAACUCGGCCCCCGCAGAUGAGUACGACGAAAUCACUUGA